CUCGAAUAUCAACCUGUGUGUUUCUGGGAGGGUUUUCCUUCUGUUGACUCAACAGAGUAGGGCAGAGGCAGAGAGGGCAGUCUGCGGUGCAGAGCCCCAAUGGAGCUGCUAGCGGUGGCAGUGUUUCUUGCGGGGCUAAUCUGCUGUCACACCGAGAGCCCACCUGCCUUAGCACCUGCUGAUUGCAAUGACGCCCAGGUAGAAAAAGAUGCAGCCGUGGCUCUUGACCUGAUCAACAAGCAUCGCAGGCAUGGAUACAUCUUCACUCUCCUACGGGUUGCUGAUGCUCAUGUGCAACAGUUGGAAAACACAUCCAUGAUCUACUUCACUCUUGAUGUGCUGGAUACCGAAUGUCCCAUAGUGUCUGGGAAACACUGGUCAUCUUGUGGAGACCGGCAAUUCUACCGCAACACGGAGUUCGGACAAUGUAAAGCUGUUGUGCGUAUACAUGAAUUUCACAAGAAACUGUAUGGAUACAACUGUACCAUGAGCCCAGUUCCAUCACAACUAUACGAAUGCAAGGACUGCCCAGUGAGAAUUACAGUCUUAGAAGAUGCAGAAAAUUACAGAGAAGAAGCCCAAAAGUUAUUGGAGAAAUACAAUGAGGACAGCAAUCAAACACACUACUUCAAGCUGGAGAAAGUCCAAAAGAUUUUUAUGGCAAUCGGCAGUCGUACAGCAUAUACCGUUGAAUUUACCAUAAGAGAAACCAGCUGCCUUCGAACAACAGCUGCAAAACAGGUGUCAGAAUGCGAAUUUCUACAUGGCCGAGACGCACAUGUGGGAUUCUGCAAAGGAAGAUUAAUUAAAGACACGACUGACCCCCAGGAAGUUGAACUAGACUCUUGUGAAAUCUACGAUAUUCCUUAUGGCAGGCAUCAUUUCCAUCAUCAUAUCCACAAUGACUCAAGAGAACAUCAUCACUGUAAUGUCUCUGAGCAUGAAUGCAGACCUCCUCACCACCAUCACCAUCCUCCUCACCGCCACCAUCACCAUCAUCAUCAUCCUCACCACCACCACCAUGGUCAUCGGCAUAGAUGUCCACCGCCUUCUCACCAUGAUCACCAUGGCCCUAGAGGGCCCAAAGACCAUCACAAUUCUUCUGAACCGAGUGAAGGACAACAGGGGUUACAUCCACCUCCUGGGCCUCAUCACCCUCCUCCACCUGUUGGUGGCCCACAUCAUUUUCCUCCUAGUAGAUAUCCCUCACCUCCUCUUGGGCCUCCUCCUCCUCCUCCUCCCAGACCUCCUUGCCCUCCUGGCAUAUCUUGUGAACAUCGACCACCACCACCACCGCCACCAUACUGGUUUCAUAGACAUGGGAAUCGGCGUGAUCACGAGUGUAAUGACAACUCAAGUGAACAAGGAAGAGGAUCUGGAGAAGAUCAUGAUUCAUCCAGACACCACCAUCCUUUCCAUCACCAUACCAGUGAUCCCAUCUAUUACAUUCCAGUUUUGAGUCAACAUGAUGUUCUCCAGGCUCCUGGUGCAGAUUUCCUUAGCCAUCCACAGCGUCCACAUGGAAGGCCCAAGAGGCCUCAUUUCCCUGGAAAACACAUACAUGAUGUAGCAGUUAUCCAUCCUUUUCCAGAAAUUCUUUCAGAAUCAAAAUCUUGCCCAGGGAAGACCAAACUUGAUCCACCUGCAGAAUUGUUGUCACUAUAUCCAGCACGAUCUACCCAAUGAAAUGCAUUGCCUUCAAAUAGAAAUGCCUGUAAUUCCAUAAAGAGAUGGUUCCAUUGACAUUAGGCACAUGGUACAGUUCCCACAAACUAUAAAAUAGAAAAUAAAGUCUUUAUGUCAACAAAA